GAACCCUUUGGAGCCUCUUGAGCACCCAUGGAGGGGGUCCCGGGGAGUGCCAAGGCGGGGGGCCAGCCCCGCAGCCUACAGAUCCUGCCCGGGCAGCUAAGCCCGAUGGUGCCGCUGUCCAGCCGUGAGCCCUGUCCCCGCCGACCCCUCCCUUCCCGGGCCCCACCCCGUCCCAACGCUUGGGUGGGUGAGGGGCCCCAGCCAGGUCCCAGGGGGCGUGGCACCGAGGCAGAGGAGGGGGGCGGGGCCUUCUGGCGGGUGUGCCUCCUCCUGUACAAGAGCCAGCGGGAGCAGCAAGCACCCAGCCCUCCGCUCUGCCUCCUCUUCGGGAAGACGGCCACCGCCGCAGCCAGGAGGAGGAGGAUGGCAGCGGCUGCCGUGGCAACUACCUCCGAGGAGGAGAGCCCCAAGCUUCAGCUCUUUGUCAAGGCCAGUGACGACGGAGAGACCAUUGGGCACUGCCCCUUCUGCCAGCGGCUCUUCAUGAUCCUGCUCUUGAAAGGGGUCCCCUUCACGCUGACCACCGUGGACACCAAGCGGUCCCUGGACGUCCUGAAGGCCUUUGCACCCGGGGCCCAACUGCCGGUGCUGCUUUACGAGGGGGAGCCCAAGACAGACACUCUGCGCAUCGAGGAGUUCCUGGAGGAGACCCUGGGACCCCCCGACUUCCCCACUCUGCUGCCCAGGUACAAGGAGUCCUCCCUGGCCGGGAAUGACAUCUUCCUCCGCUUCUCGGCCUUCAUCAAGAACCCCAUUCCUUCCCAGGACGAAGCUCUGCACCGGAACCUGCUGAAGGCCCUUUGGCGGCUGGACAAGUACCUGAACACCCCGCUGGACUACGAAUUGGUGCGCGACCCCCUGCUGACCGCAUCCCGCCGGCGCUUCCUGGACGGAGACCAGAUGACCCUGGCCGACUGCGCCCUCCUCCCCAAACUCAACAUCGUCCACGUCGUCUGCCAGCAUUUCCGCCAGUGCGGGAUCCCCAAGGACCUGCGGGGCGUCUGGCGUUACUUGGAGAGCGCUGCCGAGGUCAAGGAGUUCAAGUACACCUGCCCCAACAGCCAGGAGAUCCUGCGGGCCUACAGCACCGUGGUCCGGCCCCUGAAGCAGCCACAGACAGAAUAGGGGCCCCGUGCAGAGGCCCCAUUGCAGACUCGCCUUUCUUGGGAACGCACCCUCCGUGAGAUUGGACUUCCGUCAUGAACUCGUUAUUCUUGGGAUUUCGCUGGUGAACUCACCCUUCUUGUGACCUCACCCUUUUUCGGGUUGUGCCUGCCAUGAAGUUGCCCUUCUUGUGAAUUCACAUUUUUUGGACUGGACUUCCAUGGUGAACUCACUAUUCUUGGGAUUUUGCUAGUGAAGUCACCCUUCUUCUGUUGUCAAAUCACCCUUCUUUUGAAUUCACCGUUCUUUGGACUGGACUUCCAUUGUGAACUCACCUUGGGAUUUUGCUGGUGAACUCACCCUUUUUGGGGCUGUGUCUGUCGUGAAGUCAUCCUGCUUAUUAAUUCACCGUUCUUUAAAUUGGACUUCCGUGGUAAACUCACUAUUCUUGGGAUUUUGCUGGUGCACUCACCCUUUUGGGAUUGUGUCUGUCGUGAAAUCACCCUUCUUGUGAAUUCACCAUUCUUUGGAUUGGACUAGCAUGGUAAACUCAUUGUGAACUCACCAUUCUUGGGGUUGUGUCUCUUGUGAAAUCACCCUUCUUGUGAAUUCAUUGUUCAUGGGUCUGGGAUUCUGUCACAGAUUCACCCUCUUGCAACACACCAUUCUUGGGCCUGUGCUUGUAAACUCACAAUUCCUGGGAUUGUGCUUCCAUCACCAAAUCACUGUUUUGUGAGCUGACCAUUCUGCGAUUUGGCUUUCACCAUUCCUGUGAUUGUGAUUCCUGUGACUUUCCUUCUGCCGUGGAAUUACCACUUAUGCUUCUGCAAUGGACAUACUGUUCUUGGGAUUGUUCUUGUGAACUCAUCAUUCUUGGGAUUGGGCUUCCAUCAUGAACUCACCAUUAUUGUGAAGUCACUAUUCUUGGCAUUGGGCUUCCAUCCUAAAUUCACCCCCCUUGCAAUUGUACUUCUGUAAAUGAACACACCAUUCUUUUGACAGUGCUUGUAAACUCACCAUUCCUAGGACUGGGUUUCUAUCACGAAAUCACAAUUCUUGUGAAUUCACCAUUCUUGUGAUUCUGCUUUUGCCGUGGACUCACUUUUUGUGUGACUGCACAAGGGGCCGAUGCCAUUUUAGAAGUCUACAUAGUGUGUCAAAUCCAUAUGGAUUAGGGCAAACCCCAUAAAUGGAAGGAAGUUUGGGUGAAAGGCUCUUGUUUCUUAUUCUUAAAAGGGUCUUUAUUUUUUUCAGGAAACAUGCCAUAUAAAAAAAUAUUUAAAAUAUC